AUGGUGACGAUGCAUGAUGUAAUGGAUGCGCAGUGGGUGUAUGAUAAUUACAGGGAUGAGAGCUAUUUGAGACGGGUGAUUAUGCCAUUGGAGGUUUUAUUAACGAGUUACAAGAGAUUGGUUGUGAAGGAUUCUGCAGUGAAUGCAAUUUGUUAUGGAGCUAAAUUGAUGAUUCCCGGGUUAUUGAGGUUUGAGAAUGAUAUCGAGGUUGGGGAGGAAGUUGUGUUGAUGACGACCAAGGGGAGGCAAUUGCGAUUGGAAUUGCAGAGAUGA